AUGUUGCGGGUCAAAUUGAAGGGCUCCGAAGAUAAUCAAAGUGACUCGGGAGGAAGUGAGCUCAAGCAGCGAAGACCAAAAUGUGCCAGAUGCCGCAAUCACGGUCUGAUAUCGUGGUUGAGAGGACACAAAAAGGAAUGCCGAUAUCGAGAGUGCUACUGUCCAAAGUGUUCUCUGAUCGCCGAGCGGCAGCGCGUCAUGGCAGCUCAGGUAGCCUUAAAAAGGCAACAAGCAGCGGAAGACGCCAUUGCUUUGAGCAUGGCCAAAGUCUCGACGGGGCAAAAAUUGAGUCGUCUUCCACAGGGCAAGAUUUUCGGGAUGCAAGUCACCGAGCCCGACGUCGAUGCCAAAUCUAAAGCGAACCCGAGCGCUCCCAGUGUCAAAAAUUUAUUCAACGACAACAAAACUGCAGGCGACAGCGGCCGAAAAAUAAAAUCUAACCCCGUGGGUCAGAGUGUUACCGAUAACCCGGCGGCAUCGUCGUCCAAGGUGCGGAAACAUAAUUAUUUUUUAUCGAGCUCCGAUGAGAAAUCCGUGUCGACCUCGACGGUAUCGGUCGCGUCGCUCAAUACCCUCGCUCGUCUCUUUCCCGGCACCAAGGCGGCCGUUUUGCAGCUCGUUCUCCAGCGCUGCGGUCAAGAUCUGCUCAAAGCGAUCGAGUAUUUUUCGGCCGACGACAGAGCCGAGAGAGUGUCCGCCUUCAAACCGCCAAUCAAAUCUUCCGAUAAAGUAACGACAACGGCCAGCGAGGAGCAGGUCGGAAAGAAAAUCAAUGAGGCGAGUUACUCGGACGUGGCGAACGCGUUUCCACCCUUGCACGCGACCAGCUCGCACGCCACCGGAUCAUUGGGAUGCUGCUUCGUCAAUGUGCUAUCGGAAUCUGUUCCUCGUACCUUUGAAUUUUGCACCGCUGCCAGCUUCCCUUCGAACAAUAAAUCGAGCUCCGUGCACGAGAACGGCGGUAUUUUUGACUGUGGAUUACAACAGACGCAGCAGCAGCAGCACGAAAUACCAUUGCCACGACCAAUUUUGCAUUUGCCCUCGUUCGUUCCACGAGUACCAUGCGUUCAACCGAACUGUCUGCUUUGUUAUAAGUUUCCUUAA